GAGCCAGUGUGCAGAUAGUUACUAUGGAGCAGGUGAUAUAUAUGAAAGCUUGUUCCCUUGUGCAUGUUCUUACCCUGCAGUAAAUGAGCUUGCUCCUAUUAGCGAAUCUGAGUCAUUUUAAAUCCCUAAGGGAUGGCAAAAGCGCACUCUGUAUUUGAGUAAAUAUAGCAUGCACCUUGGCUUGCAUGCAAACAUCCCCUUCCCUUACUGGCUUGAUUUCACUUGUUGAUUAGUUGUACCACCAGUAUACACAUUCAGUUCCGGAAUUAUUCUUUGGGCUCCUGCUUCUGCAAUACGAUCCAGCUCAGUGUGAAGAAAAGAAGCAGGCUCAAGAUUUUAGUGCUUGACUAUCUGGUGUUCCUUGGCUGUUCUUCCAAAAGGGCUUAGAAGAGGGUGCAACAAUGGAAGAUGUGUAUUUGGCUUCGGUGGAAACAGAUCGAGGCGUAAAGGAACAGUUACGGCUUUAUGACACUAGGGGUCUGCAGGAGGGUGUAGAAUUGCCAAAACACUAUUUCUCUGUUGCUGAUGGCUUUGUUCUCGUGUACGCUGUGACCAGCCUCGAAGCUUUCCAAAGGGUUGAACUGCUCAAAAAAGAGAUCGACGUCUUUAGAGACAAGAAGGAGGUAACUGUUAUUGUCUUGGGAAACAAAACUGACCUCCUGGAGCAAAGACAAGUGGAAACAGAAGCAGCACAGCAAUGGGCAAGGGCUGAGAAAGUAAGACUGUGGGAAGUGACUGUGACAGAUCGGAAAACACUGCUUGAGCCAUUCACCUUCCUAGCUAGCAAACUCUCCCAGUCCCAGAACAAAUCGGCAUUUCCCUUGCCUGGAAGGAAGAGCAAAGGGAAUAACUGUGAUAACUGAGCCACCUUAAUAUUGUCUGCUGCUGCUAAAGUCACAGCCUUAGCCCUUUCUUUGCCAUUUGCUUCUCACAAUUUCACUUAAAGCAAUAAUCUCAUUCAGCAAUAAAAUUAGCAAGCUCAUGGCUAAGAGGUAUCUUUCCUUUUUUGGGGGGCUUGGCUUGAAACAGUCACUGAUGGUCAAACUCUUAAAAGCAUGACAGGAAUUCUCUUGCAACAAUGGUUACAAGGUGAAGCGGAAGAGAGGCAGGCAGUCUUGUCUGUAGCAGGGGUUUGACUUCCUUGUGUACAGCAUGUUGAGGGACAGAUCAGCAGGCUUAUCAUUAAGCAAUCCCCCAGCAAGCCUGCAGAUCUAUAGCCUCUAGUCACAAAUAGUGCUGGCUCCAAUAC